GAAGUACACUUGACUGAGCGGAAGUAGAGGAUCUCAGACGCUGGGAAGGUGAAGACGAGAGAAGCUGUGAAGUUAGCUUCAGCUUCACACCCCUCACUGAUUCACCAUGGGGGAGAAUUCAGAAAACUGUAAGGUUCCAGAGGAAAUGUUCAAUCGUUUGAAAGUCAUAGAUCCCCAGGAGGAAGAAUGUGCUAGCCCUCUGGUUUCUAAUCCCAGAGAUCAGCAGUCCCAGAACAAGUUGCUCAAGGAUGUUGGGGUCCAUCCCCAGGAGGACCAGGGAAAAGAGGAGUGCUUUCAAGACCACAGCGCCUCAUUUGAGGAGGAGCCAGGAGUGGACAAGGUUGAGAACAAACCUGAUGAUGAUGUGAAUGCCUCUGAAUUAGAUGAAGAGUAUCUAAUAGAACUGGAAAAAAACAUGCCUGAUGAAGAGAAACAGGUAUUUUAUUCGUUGUAUUAUGUAGCAGCUGAAAGUUCUUAUAGUCAAGCCCUUCAGAUGUGCCCAUCCUGCUUCCAGAAAGAUAGGUCUAUUCUGUUUUCAAACAGAGCUGCUGCAAGGAUGAAACAGGACAAGAAAGAGAUGGCCAUCAGUGAUUGCAGCAAAGCAAUUCAGUUAAACCCCAGCUAUAUCAGGGCAAUAUUGAGGAGAGCGGAGUUGUAUGAGAAAACUGACAAGCUAGAUGAAGCCCUGGAAGACUAUAAAUCCGUAUUAGAAAAAGAUCCAUCAGUAUAUCAAGCAAGAGAAGCUUGUAUGAGAUUACCUAAGCAAAUUGAAGAGCGUAAUGAAAGGCUGAAGGAAGAGAUGUUAGGUAAGCUAAAAGAUCUUGGGAACUUGGUUCUCCGACCUUUUGGACUCUCCACGGACAAUUUCCAGAUCAAACAGGAUUCCUCUACUGGCUCCUACUCGAUCAAUUUUGUUCAAAAUCAAAACAAUAACAGAUAACAAACAUAAUGAGAGGUUUUAAAGCUGGCUUGGAAAUUGUGUGCUACUGCUGUUAGCAAGGGGAAAGGCCAUGCCAGCGUUUAACUGAUAAAAGCAUCUUAUCUCAGACAGGCUAUCCAAUCGAGCCCAGUGUGCACAUCUCCCUCUUGUUUUAUGAUCAGGGUGAAACACACUUCCUGAUGAAAUAAGCCUAAUUUGAGUUCCACUUUAGGGUGGUUCCGUAGAGCUGUUGCCCUGGGUCUGGCCAUCCUUUGUUUUGUCCAGGAGGAAGCCUGUGCGCCCAGGCUGGCCUCCCCGAGCUACACAAACACGCAAGCCCAGCCAGAGGCGCUCCUGGACUGAGCAAACCUGCCAGUUGGAGACGACCCAGGCCUGACUGGUGGGCUUCCUGCCUGCUGUGCCCCCUCCCUGAGCACACACAUGGCCCCAGCUGCCAUGUGUGGGCUCCAGCGUCUCCUGACUUCCUCUGUGGUAAUAAAUGCUUUCUGUGACA